GCGCCAUAGCUGUAGCUGUAGUCUUCAGCGCUGGGCGCUAGUAGGUGGUAGAUCGUGGAGUGGGAGAGAGACUGGCGGAGGCCAGUGUUACUUACCUGUGGCGCCAACGCUCCAACUCCAUCUUCGUGGUACCUGCAUCAAGGCGCCAACUUCACAGUUGACGCUAGCGCUCUGUUGAUGGUGCUCACGUCGGUUUGCUGGCUCCUAACAACGAGACAGAAGAAACCAUCUGUAAGGAAGAGAUAGGUGUUCAUAACAGUCAGGAUGAGUGCGGUUGCCGCAGCUUUUGCUGAUGUAGCCUCUAACGCGGGCAAGUUCGAGUUCUCUUCCGGGCGUCGCGAGUGGACAGGUGGCGUGCCAGAAGGUCAGACGUGGAGGUUGUCGUCCCGUUCAGAGGAGAAAGGAAGGAGGCACAAAGAGGAAGCUCUUCAUGCGAAGGAGUGUACAUGGCGUUCGUUUGCUUGCGCUCCAGUAUGCUUCUCUUCAGAGAUUGGAAAGUUAGCGGUACUGGAGGAGGGACGCUGCACAGACAGGCAUGCCAGCCCCUGCUUGCGACAACCACAACGCAUCAUCGGGUUUUAUGACCGGCCGAUGACGAUCGGUGGCAGGUGUAAUGGGAGAUGGCUCGGGGAGGAGAAGAGAGCGUGCAGGAGGUGCAAGUGGGCACCGGGAGCGAGGAAAAACGCCAAAGGCUGUAUCAAUGGCGAUGGCUGCUUUGUGAAGGCGAUCUCAACCUUUUCCAUGACUCUGCAAGUGAAGCACAGCACAUCAUUUUAUGUCCCCGUCGAUGUGAUUUCGAGGAGAUUGUCGUCAUCAUCGUCUUCACUUUACGUUGGAAGAGUAGGCACGGAAGCAGAGUACGGUGCAACAAACUUGGUAAGAAAGAGAAAGAUGAGGAGGAAAAGGAAAAGCCGACGGUCUCGUCAGUUAUCAAUCUCCCAUAUGUUGCAGAUUUGUUCAUCGUACCGCAUGGAGGAAGCUGGGGACUUGGGUAUUCCUCCCAGAACUGGUAAUGAUGAUGAUGAUGGUGAUGAUCAUUGUGACGAGGAGGAGGAGGAGGAGGAGGCGGGAGGUGACCAUCUUGUUCCAGACGAGAUCAGGAGAGAAAGCCCGGCAAUGUCCCCCACAUUAGAUGGAAUCCAGGCCUUCGUGAGCUCUUCAUCACAUGCUGCUUCUAUGGAUCAAAAGCAGCAGCAGGAAGCGGAGAAUGGUUAUGGGACUAAAGAACCUACCCAUUGUUCUUCUAGUGAUGCUAAUAAUAUAGGACAAGAACGUGAAGUCACGGCAGGUGUUCGCAGCAUGGAAGGAACAGAAGUGGAGAACGAGGAGGUAAUAAAGACCACGAUCCGGUCAGCUGUGUCUCAAGAAGGGAAGAGGAGGGCAUCCGAGGGGACGCAAUUACGGGCAAGUGCUUUCCAGGCGACAGCACAAGAGGCAGAGAGAAGAGCGAGAAGAUGUGCAGAGAGAGUGAAAGUGCUUCGCGCAACAAUGACGUCCAGAAGCGAGAGUCACUUUCGAGCAAAAGCCGCCCUCUACAGUGGAGGCCGGAGCAAGGGAGGAAGAAGUGGAGGGGCUUCUUUCUCAUCUUCCUCUGAUAAAUGCCAAUCAGUGCAGGUUGAUGAUGGGUCUCACCUCCCAAAGAGGGGCAGUGGCACCUCCUCCUGGAUUGCCUUAGUUGGUGACCAUCCACCUUUAUCUCGGCAGGAGGAGACGUCUCUCUCCAUGGAUGUGAGAGAUUUGCAUGCACUUCUUUCGAAAAAAGAUCAGCUGGCAAAACACCUUGGCCGCGAACCAUCUGAUCUUGAAUGGGCGGAGAGCGAAGGCAUUUCCCUCUGUCGCCUUCUCGCCAGGAUAGGCAAAGGGAGAGCAGCAAAACGGCGGAUGGUGGAGGCGAAUCUGAAGCUGGUGGAUUCCAUUGCUGAGCGUUUCAGCGGACGCGGUCUCUCUCAUAAUGAACUGUGUCAGGAAGGUGUGAAGGGUCUUCUUCGGAGUGCAGAAAAGUACGACAGCUCGAAAAACGUCAAAUUUUCGACCUACUCCUUCGACUGGAUCCGUCAAAAGAUUGGCAAUGCCUUAAGAAUGUACGCGAAGCCUGUGAAGAUUGGUCGUACAGCCUGGGACAAAAUGUGGAUCCUCUUGAGCCGUAAGCAGGCCCUGAGUAGUGCCAAGGGGGGCCAACCUGUCAGCCUGGAGGAAGCUGCGAUCGGUUCUGGAGUGUCCUCCAGUGUCGUCCGUGGAUUGGACCUCGCCUUGACGAAGUCGGUCCAACUGGAUGUUCCGUUGACCACAGGUCCAUCCCAUUCCUCCGGAAAGGGUUCAGGCCCUUCAGCGACUUCGGACCUUACGUUGGAGGGCACUCUGGCUUGUGUCCCUGCCGCAGAUACGUGUCCGUGGAAAGCAGUGGACGAGUUGCUGAUGCGACGGGAGCUGAACGAGGCCAUGUCCCAACUGGGGGCAUGUGAACGAGAUAUCAUACAGCUGCAUUUUGGCCUGGGAGGAGAAGAGCCGCAUCUGAAGAAGGAGGUGGCACAAGAGCUGGGAAUAACGUGCCAGACGGUGCGGAUUCAGGAAAAGCGCGGGUUGCAGCAACUUAAAGAAACCUGGGGUCUGCGGCUUGAGCCAUAUCUUUCAGAGUCCUCUUCUCCUCCAUCUUAGUCUCCGCCAUCGUCCUUCUUGUCAAUGUCAGGUGAUGGUCCGACAUGGCUACCCCAGUGGGGAACUGGGGGGCCUGAAGAGGAAGAGGAAAAGGAGAUGGGGAUGCCUUGCUCGUCAUGGAUGAGAUGGUCUCUAUCCGUUGGUUAUGCUCAGAAGGUAUCCUCUUCACCCCCCGCUUUGUUCUUCUUUUCAAGUGGUGGCCGGACACGACUGCCCUUGUGGGGGGGGAGGAGGGGAGGUGGGGGGGGGAGGGAGUGGGGUCCCUGAAGAGGAAAAGAGAUGGAGAUGGGGACGUUUCGCUCAUCGUCGAUGAGAUGGUCUUUACGUUCAGAAUGUGUCACAUGUGGCGCACGUUUGGAGAGUGGCAGUUGUCCGUCUGUAUGUCGGGAGGGACUGUGGAGGGGAAGAGAUGGGCGAUUACUGCACGGCAUGGAUGGGCAGAUGACUUCGUCUGUCUUUCAGACUGCGGCACGUGUAUGCGUGUAGCAGAGCGGCACUCGUCUGUGUGUCGCCAUCCAAUCCAAUAGGCUUCCUUGCCCUGUCCACCGUCUGGUGGGAUGCCCCCGUUUGCACUCCUUCACUGCUAUCUGAUCUCUCUUCCACUCAUCCCCACUGAAAUUUACUAUUCGUUCACUGUGUUCUUAUGUGAUGUAUCUUAUCUGUCCCCGCCCUCUGUUGUUGUCCUCUCUUAAAUCACCAGUGCUUGGGACCCUUCCUUUGUCCUCUGUGGGGUUCUGAAUGCAUUUGAAUCGAGUCGGGGCCAGCGCACGCCUUUAUAUCCCUGAAAAGCCAGUGCGCUAAUGGGCGCACCUUGCUCGAGUACGGGUCGUUCAAUAUCUUAGCUCUUGAAAACAUUGCUGCUCGCUGCAUUGCGGUGCGCACACAAUUAUGCAAGUGACCUUGUCGGUGGACCCACAUGUUAUGUGGUCCGAUUUCUCGGCGAGAUAUUACGAGGAACUAUUCUUUACAUUUCUGUGUUUUUUUUUAAUAGUCAACGACGUGUAUUGUACUACUGUUGGAUUAUCCGGUUAACACGUUCUGUAUACUUUUUGGGUUAUCGGACAAAGCUUGUAGCUGAUAGCUAUAUAACUGACACUGGAUGGGUACCCUUUUGUUUGUGCUUUUUUCAUAUAUGGGGGGUCUACUUUUGCGUCUGGAACAUGCAGGGUGGCAUGCACCCUUGUCUGUAUCUAUAUACUCUUAUUAAAGUGUAAGCCGG